UACAGUAUACUGAAAAAAGAAGCUCUGCCUGGUAGUGAAAUUUUUGCCUUGAUAAUUUUAGCAAUAUCAGCUCAUGUCGGAGGGAAAAUAAUCAGAAUUAUCAAGUUACCUUCUCUUCUAGGCAUGUUGAUUAUUGGCUUCCUAUUUCGAAAUCUUCCAUUUAUCCCUUUUUAUCAAGAUAUUUCAGUACGAUGGGCAUCAACUUUAAGAGGAUCUGCUCUUGUCAUCAUUUUGCUGAAAGCUGGUCUAGGACUAGAUGCCAAAAAACUAAAGCAAUUGAAGAUGGUUGUGUUUCAACUAUCAUUUGCUCCAUGCAUUGUAGAGACUGUUGCUACAGGUGUUUCUUCACAUUAUCUUUUAGCUUUGCCUUGGCCUUGGGCAAUUAUGUUAGGAUUUGUUGUGUCAGCUGUAUCUCCUGCAGUUGUUGUACCUAGUCUUUUAUCUCUUCAAGAAAGAAAGCUGGGUACAAAUAAAGGAAUUCCUACUUUAGUCAUUGCAGCUGCUUCAGUGGAUGACAUUAUUGCAAUUACUGGAUUUACCUGUAUGUUGAGCAUAUCUGUAUCUGAAGGUAGUUUAGUAUGGACUUUGCUGAAAGGACCUUUAGAGCCUUUGUUAGGACUUGUGUAUGGAGUCCUUUUGGGGGUAUUUUUUUGGUUUAUCCCUGAUAAUACAAGCCCAAAGAGUACUCUGGUUUAUUAUCAUACCUUGAUGCUUCUUUUUGGUGGCUUGACAGGCAUGUUUUUGAGUAAGGCUCUGCAGAUUUCUGGAGCUGGUCCUCUUGCUUGCUUGACAUUAGCAUUUGUGGCUUCUCUUGUAUGGAAGAAGGAUUCUGAGCAGUUUGAAAUGAUAGAAAAAGUAAUAUCUGUUUUGUGGGCCCUUAUACAACCUUUCCUCUUCAGUCUCAUAGGCGCUGAAGUUACCAUAAGUAGCUUACAGACAAACUUAGGUGAUAGCAUUUUCACACUUCUGAUUGGUUUAGCUUUUCGUAUUGCAACUGCUACGUUUGUUACAUUUGGUGGUGACCUUAACAUCAAAGAAAAGAUAUUUGUUGCUUUUGCUUGGCUACCCAAAGCAACAGUUCAAGCAGCUGUAGGACCUCAAGCAUUAGAUUAUGUUUUAGUGAACAAAAAAGGACCUGAAAUGGAAGACCUUGCUAAAAGAGUUCUCACUGUUGCAGUUCUGUCUAUUAUAUUGACAGCUCCAAUUGGAGCUGCUCUUAUUGCUGUCCUCGGACCUUUGCUUCUGAAAAAAGAAAAUGAGGCUGAAGUAGUAUUUGAUGAUACACAAGCUGAUUGCAAGUUUUUAGAAGUAAGCAGGUGCUUUAUUUUAUGGUAA